AUGAUUCAAGUGCUACAGAUUGUAAAGGAUCUAGUGUCGCCAGCAAGACGGAGAACAGAUGCUGCUAAGAAAGGUGCAGAUGCUGAGCAGGAUGCUGCUAUCAAACUUGCCCAAGAACGAGCAGAGAUAGUUGCCAAGUAUGACAGAGGACGAGAGGGUGCGCAGAUUGAACCAUGGGAAGAUGCUGACUAUCGUCUUUACAAAGUCACAGAUAGAUUUGGGUUUCUACAUCCAGAGGAGCUUCCUGUCCAUGAUGCAGUGAUAGAAAAGCAAAAGCACCUUGAAAUUGAAAGAACCACAAAAUGGCUUAAGAUGCUGAAAAGCUGGGAAAAAUACAAGAAUAGUGAAAAGUUUCAUAGGAGAAUUUAUAAAGGAAUCCCACUGCAGUUCAGAGGGCAAGUCUGGUCUUUACUACUUGACGUCCCUAAAAUGAAAGAAGAAAUGAAAGACUUUUAUAAUAAAUUGAAGUGUCAAGCACGAGGGUCUUCCCCAGAUAUUAGGCAAAUUGAUCUUGAUGUAAAUCGAACAUAUAGAGAUCAUAUCAUGUUUCGAGACAGAUACGGUGUUAAGCAACAAUCUUUAUUCCAUGUUUUAGCUGCAUAUUCCAUAUAUAAUACGGAAGUUGGAUACUGUCAGGGAAUGAGCCAGAUCACAGCUUUACUCCUUAUGUACAUGAAUGAAGAAGAUGCCUUCUGGGCCUUGGUGAAACUUCUCUCUGGUCCAAAGCAUGCUAUGCAUGGUUUUUUUAUUCCUGGUUUUCCAAAACUGUUGAGGUUUCAAGAACAUCAUGACAAAAUACUGAAAAAAUUUUUGUCCAAACUUAAGCAGCAUUUGGACUCCCAGGAUAUGUCCACUAGCUUUUACACAACAAAGUGGUUUUUCCAGUGUUUCCUUGAUCGUACUCCCUUUACAUUAAGCCUCAGGAUAUGGGAUAUCUACAUACUUGAAGGAGAGCGGAUUCUCACUGCUAUGUCUUACACAAUUCUGAAACUACACAGAAAGCAUCUGAUGAAAUUACAAAUGGAAGAGCUUGUAGAAUUUCUGCAGGAGUCUUUAGCCAAGGAUUUCUUCUAUGAAGAUGACUUUGUAAUAGACCAGCUCCAAAAUUCUAUAUCAGAAUUGAAACGAGCAAAGCUGGAUUUACCAGUAGCUGGUAAAGAUGAUGAAUUUCCAAAGAAGCCAUUGGGGCAGAUUCCAUCAGGACCUCAGCCUGCUGUGCUUCACUCCACUCCAGUGCUUAAUGGACAGAACAGCACUGGUACACAAACAACAAGAAGGACAGAGAGGAGACCAUCCCCAGGAGAAGAACCAGAAAGUUCACCAAAUAACCGAAAAAGAAUUAAUUCACUGGAAAAGAAAGCUUCCUUAAAACAGCAGAAGACUCGACCAAUAGAGACACAGAGUAGUAUGCCUAAGAACGAGGUAGAUACCAGAAGAAAGCCUCAGCCAACUGAGCAAGACAACUCGAGACAGUAUAAUAAUGCAGCUGCUAAUCAAAAUUCUAAUGCUACUUCAAAUACAAGAAGGGAAUUUGUACCUAAGUGGAAUAAACCAUCUGAUACCAAAAUAAUUGAAAAGACAAUGAAACUUACUGCAGAGGUGAAAGGAAGGCCAAUAAACCAUUCGGUUUCGGGCCCACCAUCAAGUCCUGGAGAAAAGCAGCCUUUGAAUGUAAAGCAAAAGAUGAGGGUUUUGGAUGCUGAUGAAGGUAAGCGAGGGUCUAAUGCAUCUCAAUAUGACAAUGUUCCGGAAGUUGAGAAUGAGAAUGAGAAUCUUGUUGAAGAGAUGCUUGAGAGAGCUCAUCCACAGAGCCCUAGGCACGUAACAUAUUCUAAUAGUCCAAGAAAGCAAACUGAAAAAAUACCAACUCCAUUAAAAAUACCCAAUAAUUACACCUUCACUUCACAACCCAGAUCUCCAAAAUAUUCAUCACAAUCUGAUGGGCCACCUCAUGGACUGAAUGUAAAACAGCCAUUGCCAUGUUAUAGUAAUCCACCUACUUACCAUGGAAAUUCUCCAAAGCAUGUUUCCAGUAUAGGCAAUACAAGUUCUGUACCUCUACAUUAUCAUGGGAAUCGACCCAGCCCUUCUGGUAGGCCAUAUGGUUCUUUUAUUUCAGUAGAUUAUUCUCUGGAUAAACUACAAAUGAAUUCCUAUCCUGCCACUCGUCAAAAUCCUCUUUCACCAACCCCUGGUCAGAUAGAAGUAGCCCCCGUUGAUGCUUAUACCAGCAACUCAAGGUCCCCCACAGGUGUCAAAUUCAUAAUCCCUCCAGUGGAUUAUUCACCAGAAGACAGAAAGUGGCCAGAUGCUGCGUAUAUUUACAGACAUGAGCCCUACAGGCAGCCCUGGAGCCAAGACGUUAACAAAGGCCACUUGGAUAAUUUCCAGAAAUACCAGCAUUUUCAGUCAACACCUUUUCAAGACCAUAGUCUUCCUGCUGUUUCUGUGGAUAGUCCAAUAAGAUACAGGACUUCACCAGCCUUUGAAGAGCAUGGUUCACCACAAUACCAAUAUUCAAGCCCGUCAGCUCAAGCCCAACACUAUCGAAAUAGAAAUGAUGGAUUGUCUAUGCAUGAAUCCGUGCUUCUCUGAGAAUCUGUCUAUACUUAGCAAAAUGGCAAGAACCAAAACCGGUUAAACAUUACUGUGCUAAUAGUAGUCCACCUCAGUUCUUCGAUGAAAUGCGGACAGUUCACGAGUCUCAAAAAUAACAACACUAUUUCAAAGAUGUUUCAGACUUUCAUUGAAGGCUAGUUGAGUUCUUAGACUUGCAUUGAAGCUAUUGAAAGUGAUCUGAUGCAUAUAGACAUAGCAAUAAGAUCAUAUACACAAUGUGGUUAAUACUGUCAUUGUUCCUUACAUUUAAAUAACUUGUGUUGCAGUCUUUCUGCCUAAAACCUGUAACACAUUUACAAGUUUUAUUUUGACUGACAUUGUUAAUGCACUGUAUAGAUGUGUGUGCGUGCGCGCAUGUGAGUGUGCACUUACAAUACACAAACGCAUAUGGAAAAGAGCUAAAGAGUUUAAAUGUAAAUGCAUUUAACUUUGGGCAAAGCUUGUGAAGUACUUUUAUUUCAUAUUAUUUUUUUUUUGUAAUUUAUUUGAGAAGCCAUUCAUUUUGAAUGGGAAUUUCUGUCAUUUUUAUACAGCUGCCUCAGCAUCCCAGUAUCUGUUCUGGGCAGGGGAGAUGCU